CUCCUCCCUCCUCCCUCCCUCUCUCUCACACACCCCCGCUUGGGCCUCCUCUCUCUCUCCGGCUCCAUUUUCUCCGCCGCCGGGGGCCGGGGUCUCCUGUGGGGGACCCAGCUGGUACCCCAGGUCUCCCUUCAGUGCCGGGGUGAACCCCAGGGGAGCCGGGAGGGGGGAAGACGGGCGGGGGUUGGGGCGGAGGGAGCAGCGGCCCCAGCGAGUUUGGGGGGGGAAGUAACCCGGCGGGGGGAGGGGCGGAGCAGGGAGGGGGCCUCAGGGCCCCCCCCCAGCUAUGGACGAGCGGCUGCUGGGGCCGCCCCCUCCAGGCGGGGGCCGGGGGGGCCUGGGAUUGGUGGGUGGGGAGCCUGGGGGCCCUGGCGAGCCUCCCGGUGGCGGAGACCCCGGUGGGGGUAGCGGGGGGGUCCCGGGAGGCCGAGGGAAGCAAGACAUCGGGGACAUUCUGCAGCAGAUAAUGACCAUCACCGACCAGAGCCUGGACGAGGCUCAGGCCAAGAAACACGCCCUAAACUGCCACCGAAUGAAGCCUGCUCUCUUUAGCGUCCUGUGUGAAAUCAAGGAGAAAACCGGCCUCAGCAUUCGAAGCUCCCAAGAGGAGGAGCCGGUGGACCCACAGCUGAUGCGCUUGGACAACAUGCUUCUGGCAGAGGGUGUGGCUGGGCCUGAGAAAGGGGGGGGCUCAGCUGCAGCAGCUGCAGCCGCUGCAGCCUCCGGGGGCGGCGUGUCCCCUGACAACUCCAUCGAACACUCGGACUAUCGCAGCAAACUUGCCCAGAUCCGCCACAUCUACCACUCGGAGCUGGAGAAGUAUGAACAGGCAUGUAAUGAGUUCACUACCCACGUCAUGAACCUGCUGAGGGAGCAAAGCCGCACGAGGCCAGUGGCACCCAAAGAGAUGGAGCGCAUGGUGAGCAUCAUCCACCGGAAGUUCAGCGCCAUCCAGAUGCAGCUCAAGCAGAGCACCUGCGAGGCUGUCAUGAUCCUGCGUUCCCGCUUCCUGGAUGCCAGACGAAAGCGCCGUAACUUCAGCAAACAGGCCACUGAGGUCCUAAAUGAGUAUUUCUACUCCCACCUGAGUAACCCAUAUCCUAGUGAGGAGGCCAAAGAGGAGCUCGCCAAGAAAUGUGGCAUUACUGUCUCUCAGGUCUCCAACUGGUUUGGCAACAAGCGCAUUCGCUAUAAGAAAAAUAUCGGAAAGUUCCAAGAAGAGGCAAACAUCUAUGCCGUCAAGACUGCUGUGUCAGUCACCCAGGGGGGCCACAGCCGCACCAGCUCCCCGACACCCCCUUCCUCUGCAGGCUCUGGUGGCUCUUUCAAUCUCUCAGGAUCCGGAGACAUGUUCCUGGGGAUGCCUGGGCUCAAUGGAGAUUCCUAUUCUGCUUCCCAGGUGGAAUCACUCCGACACUCGAUGGGGCCAGGGGGCUACGGGGACAACCUUGGGGCAGGCCAGAUGUACAGCCCUCGGGAAAUGAGGGCAAACGGCAGCUGGCAGGAGGCUGUGACCCCCUCUUCAGUGACAUCCCCAACAGAGGGACCAGGGAGUGUUCACUCAGACACCUCCAACUGAUCUCGCCCCUCAGGGUCACGGGUGGGGGCUCUCACAAGGCAACUCUGGAAGAAGACAUGGGCAUCCAGAAGACAAACCCCAAAUACAAGAGAAGCACAAGACAGAGAAGGGCGAAUAGGGUCGUCUCCGCCCCAACUAGACUCUCAGUGCUGGGGGUGCUAACUACAUGGCAGGAAGAAUGGGGCCCCGAAGGGAGAGUGGGGUCUGUCGUCCCCUUCUAUCUUUUUUGUCUCUUACACAAACACACUCAGAAAACUCUUUCUCGGAGCCCUUCUCUCUCUCUCCCCAUACACUCCCACAUACUCUCUCUGGGCUCCCCCACCCCACGUACAUGUUCUGGAAUCCGUGGAGACACCAGUCCUGCCCGACCAGAGAUGCCAAAAAUGGGGACAUGACUUCUGGACAGAGGACAUGGGCCGCAGCCCCUGUGCUUCCCCACCCCUUGCCCCUCCAGACGGCUUUAUUACCUCAUACGCAGCUCAUCCUAAACCAAUAGAACCGCUCGGUGGACGAGAGUGUCUGACUCAGAUAUCUACCUCGGAGGGAGUUUCUGCUACUUUAGGGAAUUAUUGAUGGGGCUUUGGGGCUGAACUUUUUUUUUUUUUUUU